UUUCUUUCCAAUCCGUCAAAGCCAUUUAGGCCAUGGCAGGAAGCGUGGAAUAUUGGAGAAGCUCCAAGCUCCUUCACCUAUAAAAGCUUCUGAUCGGAUUCCACACCAAAUAUCUCUCUUUUCUCUUUCUACAAAAGAAACUCUCUCAAAACUGCAAUACCGACAAUUUAUCACUAGCUCUCUCAAUUCUCUAUUAAUAUGGCAAGGCCUAAUCAAGAAGCAAUCGACACAUUUAUAAGCAUCACUGGCGUCACAGAAGCUGUCGCCGCGCAAAAGCUUGAGGAGCAUCAUGGUGAUCUCAAUGCAGCUGUCAAUGCACAUUUCAGUGAAGGAGAGAGAAGCACUAUCAAUGAAACUCCUAUUGUUGCUCCUCAAGAUGAUCUCAUGGAUAUAGAUGAUCCAGUUGAAGUUGCAUCUAGAAGAAAUCCUCUUUCAGUUCUAUCUGAGGCUAGUACAAUGAACCCAUUCUCAUUUCUUGAUCCACACUUUCGAAGAAGUCUGUUUGAUGGUGGUUCUGACUUUAUGAACCGUGAACCAUUUGUUUCACACCCAAGAGAGAGGAGAGAGAUACCUAUAGAGGUCAAGGAUGACAAUGAUGUAUCCGGCCAUUCUGGUCAUGCCCCUAUCAUUGAGGAUGUAACUGGAACUGAACAUGCACUGGGCCCAGAUAUUCGUGGGACUGUUAUAGUUGAUGAUGAAGAUGACAAUGAAAUUUCAACUGAUCUAACUGGAUGGUCUGCACAACAGACUGAGCAAAGAGGUGAUAUUUCUAGUGGCAGUGCUCAUGAGAGUCAUAGUAGACCGAGUGCUUCUGAAUUUGAUAAGUUGCCAGACUACGGCAAUGACAUUGAAGAAGAAAUGAUUCGUGCUGCCAUAGAAGCUUCAAAACAGGAGGCUCAGGCUGCAGAGCAAGAAAAAGCAUUGCGAGAGCAUCAGGGAAAAACCAGAGCACCAGAAAUGGGAGCUUCUAAGCUAGAUGAGGUGGAGUUGGGGACGGUAGUGACCUCAAAUGGAAGGUUUAGGACAGGAAAGUUAUCUAUUCAAGAGGAAUCUGAAGAUGUGGAUGAGCAGCCUCUUGUUAGGCAUAGAUCAAGACGUACAUCUUCUGGCUCUAUUGAAUCAGCCAGAGAAGUUGGAGUCAUUGAGGCUAGUCCACCAUCUAGUCCUGGACAGAGUAAUAUAAGCAGUCACACCCAGCACAAUGGAAAUGCCUUCCAUUCUGAUGAGUGGGGAGGCAUAUCUUCUGAGGAGCAUGAUGAAGCUGUCAUGCUUGAGGCUGCAAUGUUUGGUGGAAUUCCUGAAGGGACUGGAUAUCACUUUCCAUAUGCACCUCAUCAGCUCAUUCAGAGUGAAGGCCCUUAUUCACAGCGGAUGCCUCGUCCCCCUUCACCAUCCUUACAAUCUCAGCGGUUGAUCCGUGAACAGCAGGAUGACGAGUAUCUCGCAUCAUUGGCAGCUGACAGGGAAAAGGAGAUGAAGGCCAUGGAGGAAGCUGAAGCCCGUCGUUUGCAAGAAGAAGCUGCUAGGAAAGCUUCUCUUGAAGAAGAAAGGGAAAAAGAGGAAAAAUCUCGAAAGAAAUUGGAAGAAGAGCAGGAAUUUGAAAGACUUUUGGCAGCAAAAGAAGCUUCUCUGUCUCAGGAGCCAGAAUCCAAUGAUGAGAAAGCUGUUACACUUUUGGUGCGGAUGCCUGAUGGUACCCGUCGUGGCCGCCGAUUUCUCAAAUCUGACAACUUGCAGUCUCUUUUUGACUUCAUAGAUAUUGGUAGGGUGGUCAAGCCUGGCACUUAUAGACUGGUAAGGCCAUACCCAAGGCGUGCUUUCAGUGAUGGAGAAAGUGCACUGACACUGAAUGAACUUGGCCUGACCAGCAAACAGGAGGCCCUGUUCCUGGAGUUAAUCUAGAAAAGAAACAUUUUAAAAUUGUAGAAAAUUACUCCUUUGAAGAUUUAAUUUCAAUUAAACAUGAAGUGAUACAUCAAAGUGGGGAAAAGGCCCCCGGGGGGUGGGGUGGUGUUAUUUGGGUUUGUACUGUUCGGACAAAUUGCAGGAAAUUUGGGUAGAUGAAAACAUCUAGUUCUACUGAAGGAGCAUUACAAUUAUGGUUGGAGGGGCAGUACAAUUAAUGGUGAGCAUUUGUUUCAUCAUAUGUUUAAUCGUUAAUGAAUGCUUUUGUACAUAUUCAGUAAUUUAUGAUAUUAAGUUAAUUGGAUAGUAA